AGUCUGGCUGCGGAGGUCAAAACUACCAUAUUACCUCAGAAACCUGGGAGACAUCAGCUGCUGGGCAAGAAUCAAUCAAUGUGCUUACUGCAAGGACGAGGGGCCCCCAUAGACCCUCUGCCAAGACUUGGGCCCACAUCGCUCUGUAUCCUGCACUCGGAUGGGUCGUGGACUCAGACACCCCCGCAACCCCACCCCUCCAAAGCGUUCUACCCUGUCCAGCGCGACCGAGCCGCAGUGGCGCUGCCUCCGCCUGGCCACCAGGGGGCCCCAGGCCAACAGGAAGUCCUCCAAGUGUCCAUCUCUAUGAUCACCGAGGCAGCCGGAGCGACCCGGAAGCCGCGGUUGGAGAAGGGAGCAGUGCUUCCGGGUAGGAGUGAGGUGACCCCGUCCGCCGCAGGCCCCUGCGGUGGAACUGCCAUGGGGGCCCACCUGGUCCGACGCUACCUUGGCGAUGCCUCGGUGGAGCCCGACCCGCUGCAGAUGCCCACCUUCUCACCCGACUACGGCUACCCCGACCGGAAGGAGCGAGGCACAAGGAGCACAGACUCUAACUCCCAGAGUGGGCACCUCAGGAGAGACACGGGUUCUGUCUGCGGCGAACUCAGCCCAGGGGAGACAGGGGAACCUGCGGAUCAGAGGGUAAGGGGUGGGUACGGGGUGGGGGCCGCCAAGGCUGGCUUCAGGAGGCAGAGACAGGGAGGGGCAUGAAUUAGGGGCUGACCUGAGCCUCCAGAUGUCUGCCCUCCUAAGCCCCUGCUCCACUAGUGUGGCCAACCCAAAAGGCCUGGCAGCACCUGCCUUUGCUGAGUGAGUCGUCUCCUGUCCUCUCCUGGUUGCCUCCCUGCUGGAGCCUUGAUGUUCUCAGCCUGCCUGGCCCUUCGCUGUCCCUCUCACUUCCUGGCCACUUAGGCGCCUCUUGCUUUUCUUCUCCUUUUUUGUAGGACUGGGGAUUGAACCCAGAGUCUUCACGCUGAGCUACCCUCCCACUCCCACA